CGUCAUGUAUGCCAAAGAGUAAAACCAUUGUGGUUGCAUCACUGGGUUGCAUAACUGGGUUGCAUCAUUCAGGUUGCAAUUUGCAAAGUUUUAUACAAAAAUUUAUAGUCCAUCAAUCAGGAGAAUUCUCUAGUAUUUGAUGAAAAUACUUUAUUUUAUUUUCCGCGAGACCUGAGGAUGUUCUGAAUCAUUGAAUCAUGAGUGUUCUUGAUAAACUAAAGAUUGGUGAACGAGGAGUCGCCCAUAUUGUCGCUCCAUCAGAGGCCAGUUCAAGUUUGGUCGACCCAAGAACCGUUCAUCGUCUAUCGGAUCCCACAGAUAUUGUUUCAUUGGCUAAAGAAGUUCAGAAAGCAGAUGACUUCGUGAAGUGCAUCGCAACGAGCAAACUAAUUGUCAUUGCUGACCAAAUACGUCACCUCCAGAAUCAGGCUAGAAAAGUUCUCGAAGAGGCCAAAGAAGACGCUGUGCUUCAUCACGCCGCUUGUAACUUUAAGAAAAUUCCAGGGAAAAUGUACCACUUAUAUCUUCGUAAAGAUGGCACGUCGUAUUUUUCAAUAAUUUCACCUGAGGAGUGGGGAAAUGCGUGUCCCCAUCACUUUCGAGGAAGUUAUAAACUGGAGUAUGAUAUGUCGUGGACGAAGUCAGAGGAUAUUGAGAAAAGGGGUCAGGACUUAGAAGAAAUUUCACGAUUAUUAAAUAGCGAGAUACCUUCGAUUGGAUAUAUUUGUGAUGUUUCAAGGAAAUCAGGUGAGAAGGAUAAAAACGAUGCAACUUGAUGUUUGUUUGGAAUUUUCUAGGGCAACUGUAAAUAUAUAUUCUGUGCUCAGCAGGCGAUAAGAAACGUAUUAAAAUAUGCGCAGCUUCUUGGAUGUUUCGAUAAUGAAGGCUCAAAAUGUUUCUAGCUUGUUAUUAUCAUCGCUCCAUUAGAUAGGGUAUUGGAAUUACGAUGACAUCACGAAAUGUACGGUUUAGGAUUAUCUCUAAGAUUAGUUUUAGAAUUAGAGAAGCUUAAUUUAAGGUGGUAGUCGCGGAUAUUAUUGGGUGAAAUUAUCCAUUUUAUAUACACUUUUCACAGCAAAACCAGAUACUUUGCUGAAUAUUUGUUUAAUUAAAAACCCCGUGUUGUACGCCACUGAUGAAUUUACUUAGUACGAAUCGUGUAAUUUACUUAACAUAUAGAAAAAUAAAAUAUAUAUUAUACACAAAAAUAAAACCAUGAAAAAU